AUGAGGAUCUCAAUACUCUUUGCGGCUUCUGCUGCGCUGACAUUAUCGUCACAUGUUGUCGCACAGACUUACACAAGCUGCGACCCUAUGGACGAAACUAACUGUCCAGCUGACCCCGCGCUCAGUGGAUCUGCUACCUUCGAUUUCACGCAGGGGGCUUCCAUCAAUUGGACGGCCUCCGGCACAGUCGACUACAGCAGUACGAAUGGAGCGAGCUUUACAGUCGCCGAGGAAGGCGAUGCACCUCUUAUUACCUCCAACUUCUAUAUCAUGUGGGGUCACGUUGAGGUCGUGGUUAAGGUGGCGCCUGGCACUGGCAUUAUCAGCAGUAUAGUGAUGCAAUCGGAUACCCUGGAUGAAAUCGAUAUCGAAUUUCUAGGCGGCGACAAUUCCAGUGUGGAGACAAACUAUUUUGGCCAUGGCGAUACCGACGAGUAUAAUCGAGAGCAGACUAUUUCAAUGGCAAAUAAUCAGGAUAGCUUUCAUACGUACACGAUCGACUGGACGGCCGACCUGAUUGCGUGGCAGGUUGAUGGCACCACGAUCCGCAGCAUGACUCCAGAAUCUGCCGACUCCGGUCAAUAUCCGCAGACGCCGAUGAUGAUCAAGAUUGGGAUCUGGGCAGGAGGUGAUCCUAACAAUCCGGAAGGCACUAUAAGCUGGGCCGGCGGAGUAACGGACUAUAGCGAUGGGCCGUUCACCAUGUACUGCAAAUCAGUCUCAGUUAUCAAUUACUCUACCGGCACAGAAUACGUAUACACCAGUGAAAGUGGUACAUCGGACUCGGUUUCAGCUGUGGAUGGUAGCAUAAACGGUAAUAUAGGCGCAACAGCUUCAGUGGCCACAGCCGCUUCAAACCCGACUAUCACUUCAUCAGGCGGCGAUGCACCACUUCCCUGGGAUGGCACUCAUCGAGAGACUUCAUCCUUCGUUACCCCAGACAUCUGGCCUUGGGUGGCGACAGCCACUCAUGGAGCAACAAGCACCGAUACUGCGGAGGUGACCAGCUCAGGCGGUAAUUCUUUGGCGCCAUUUAUGGGGUCUAUAAACUUUUCCCCCGUCUACUGCCUUUCGAUAUCACUUGCUAUUGGAUUUUCCCUCCCACUCUGGCGCUGA